CGUUCAGUAAAGAACAACCACCACAACACUUUAUAUUCAUUCUCUCUCAAAUUGUUUUAAAAACACACACAACAUUUUCAAUAUGUGCGUAGAAAUCUCAAGCCAACAACAACAACAAUUCAACAAAAUGGAAAUCAAAAACACCAAGAAAGUCUCCUACAGCAUCAAGAAGCUGUUGAAGCAACUCUUCAAACAUCAAAAAUCCUCCAAACUCAUCACUUUACAAAAUUUGGUCAACUCGAAGAAAGCUGAAUCCAUGGAAUCUCUUGAAUCUUUGGAAAAUACACACAAUGCCAACAUUGAAGUUGAGGAAUGUGCCUCUUUGGAAUCAUUCGAAAAUGACAUCAAUGAACGUCUCUCAGCUAAAGCCAUCUCUUGUGAAGUAGAAGACUUUGACUUCAGUGAAAUCACCACCACCGUUCCCGUACACUUUGUACGCACCGAACAUGGUACCUUCUUCUGGACUGCCACCUCAGACAUUGCUGCCGAUAAUGAUUUGGUUGAACCUUUGUACUGUUCCACCUACAAUCAAUUAGCUGUUAUGCAAGAUCGUUGGGCUCAAGCUUAAAUUAUGCUGAUCAACACGAUCUAACACAUUCCUGCAUUAGCUUUAACAUGUCUUCCAAACAACAACAACAAAAAUACUCAACAGCGCAGUUCCAGCUUCUUUAAAUAUGAAGUUUACCAUCUGUGAAUCAUCAUCGUAAUCAUUGUC